AUGGGGGAUGUGUCCAUCUCCGUGCCCACAGAUGGCUCAUGGAGCCAGUACGACAAUCCCCAUCGACCCGUCAAAGAGAUAUCAGCAUACGGGCCAGGCUACGUACCCGGCUGUUCUCCACAAGACCCGACUCCCCGCCCACUGAACGAGGAGGACCCGGAAGACGACGCCAGAAGCGUAUGCAGUGCGGCUUCAACAAGCUCACGGCGGAGCUCACUAUCUCUCGGAAGCCUGCGACCGGGCCGGCUCUCCGUCCGUCUCGCCUCGCGUCCCAAACAACUGCGGGGCGAGACCCAGAUAGAAAGAGACGCCCACCGCUCCGAGCAAAAGCGAAAUGAGUUUGCCUACCGACCAAUCCAACAAGACUACACCUCCGAAGUAAUCGAAAAGACCACCCAGCCCAGCAAUCGCUUCAGGUACAUUCCCACCAACGGACGACUCCGCGCAGCCAUUCUGUCAACUCGCCCCGCAGCCCCCACUCGCGGCGCGGCUCCUUGUCCGAGUCUCAGUGAUCGGCGAUACAGCGGCGGUCGCGACCGUGAUCAAUAUACUCCCGCCAUCCGAGGGAGCACCUACUACGAGGAGGACCGUCACAGUCUGCACUCCAGUAGCUUUCGUGAUAGCUCGGAUAGCUCUAGUUCGCGGUGGAAUUAUGGGCUGCCGCCUAGACGGCGUACGUCGCCUUUUGUUCCGGCUGAUAGCAAGAGGGCUUCUUCAAUCUCAAAGCCUAUGACAUUGGCUAUGGUUCCUGACCCUGAUGAUCUUUACGAGUAA